AUGUAUUAUAAAUAUAAAUACUUGUUUUCUACAUUGAAAUUCAAUCCUAAUAAGAAUUAUUAUCAAACCCUCAAUCUCACAAACAAAGCAACUUAAGAUGAAAUUAAGAGUGCUUUCUACACUCUUGCUAAAUUAUAUCAUCCUGAUAAGAAUCCGAAUUCAAUUGAUUAAUUCAAGGCAAUUAAUGAGGCUUAUGAAGUCCUUAAAAAUCCUACCACAAAAAAGGACUACGAUGAAAUUUAAGUAAACCCUGCAAAGUAUUAGAAGUAGCAAUAUGAGAGAUAAUAUUAUUAAUAGAGUUGUAAUAAAAUAUUGGAAUUUUAGCUUAUAAGUAUUACAACCAAAAUCAAGAAUAAUUUAGAUAAGCAUAUGAUGAAUAUCAAAAACAAUAAGCGUAUAAAUAAUAUCACUCAUAUUAACGUUCAGGGUAUGAUUACUAAGAUCCCUUCAGAGAUUAUUAUAAGUAUAUGAGAGAUGAACAAUAUGUAAUUAUUAUUUUUUAUCACUCUUUAGGACAAUCAUUCUGGUAGGAAUUCAGGUACAAGAUAUUUAAUAAUAUUUAUGAUGGCAGCAUCAGCUUUUAUAUUUUUUGAGUUACUUGAUCUAUUUGCAAAUAAUAAGAAACUUAUAUUGACUGACUAAAUUACAGGAUAAUAAUAUGUAACAACAAGGCAAGAGUUAAGAAGUAAAGCAUACAUUAGCAGAGAACAGUAAGAGUUUGAAAGAAGAAAAACGGAGUAUAAAAUCAUGUAAUAGGAAGAGAUAAGAAGAAUUCGAUAAAGAAAACUUGAAUAAAUGAUUGAGAAAUGA